CCUUCUGUACACGUACGGUGACAGAGACCUCGAGCCUCCAACUUCUCUCGUGCGCCAUCUCCUUCACUCUCCCACCUUCACCAUCUUUCAUUCGAUUUCUUCUUGACUCCGCCAGCCUCUCUCACUCAGUCCGUUUCUGCACCGUCUCCCUCAAUCCGCCACCCUUUCAUACUCGCUGUCUCCCUCACUCGGUCCGUAGCACCUUCUUCCUUUAAUCGAUCCAUAUUGCUUCCUCCGUCAAGGUCUUCACCAAAACCGGGAGGCCCAGAGCCACCGCCGCCGAGUUGGAGUUUCUUUUUCCCCGAGAAAAUGGCUGCGACUUGGAAGAAAUUUCAGAAGAAGCGUAAGGAAUCCACAAAGUUCAACAAGUCCUCCAAGCCGUCGUUUAAUGCGAAGAAGGAGCAAAACGCUCCCGCCAAGUCUGAGGCCCUUGCUUUGCAGAUGGAAGAUGAUGUUCCUGAUUUUCCUAGAGGUGGAGGAAGUUCUCUGAGUCGAAAAGAACGCGAGGAAGUUCAGGCUGAAGUAGAUGCCCAGUUUGAGGUGGAAGAGCAGGAAUUAAAGACAAAGAAGAAGAGGAAGAAUUUGCCGAAGAUUAGUCAGGAAGAUGAUGAUUUGGGUUCCUUAUUUGGUGGUGGUAUUACUGGCAAACUGCCUCGAUUUGCUAAUAAGAUAACUUUGAAGAAUAUAUCUCCCGGAAUGAAGCUUUGGGGAGUUAUUGCUGAAGUAAACGAGAGAGACCUUGUAAUAAGUCUACCAGGGGGUUUACGUGGGUUAGUUCGAGCCUCUGAUGCUCUGGAUCCUAUUUCGGAUACUGAAAUUGAGAGCAUAGCAGAUAAUGUGCUACCCAGUGUCUUCCACGUUGGGCAGAUGGUAGCUUCCGUUGUUUUACACUUGGAUAGUGAUAACAAAGAGAGUGGCAAAAGGAAGAUCUGGCUUUCUCUGCGUCUUUCUUUGUUGCACAAGGGCUUCAGCUUGGAUUCUAUUCAAGAAGGCAUGGUCCUCACUGCUUAUGUGAAAAGUAUCGAAGACCAUGGUUAUAUUCUUCAUUUUGGUCCGACUUCAUUCACCGGGUUCUUGCCUAGAGAUAGCAAAAAUGCUAGCACAGAGAUUAACACUGGACAACUUCUACAGGGCGUUGUUGGGAAAAUUGACAAAACCCAUAAAGUUGUUUAUUUAAGUUCUGACCCAAAUACUGUGGCAAAAUAUGCGACCAAGGAUGUUAAAGGCAUUUCAAUUGAUCUUCUUACUCCAGGCAUGAUGGUUAAUGCUCGUGUACAAUCAGCCCUUGAAAAUGGUGUUAUGUUAUCAUUUCUGACAUACUUUACUGGAACUGUUGAUAUGUUUCACUUGCAAAGUAGUUUUGCUACUUCAAAUUGGCAGGAUGAUUACAAUCAAACUAAGAAGGUUAAUGCUCGAAUUUUGUUCAUCGAUCCUUCAACUAGAGCUGUUGGUUUGACUCUGAAUCCACAUCUUGUUCAUAACACGUCUCCUCCUUCACAUGUUAAAGUUGGAAAUAUUUACGAAGACUUGAAAGUGGUCAGAGUUGAUAGAGGGUUAGGUCUUCUCCUUGAAAUACCAACCUCACCGGUGCCUACACCAACAUAUGUUAGUAUAUCUGAUGUGGCCGAAGAUGGAAUUCAUAAGCUUGAAAAGAAGUUUAAGGAAGGUAGUCGUGUCCGUGUUCGGAUUCUCGGGUUUAGGCACUUGGAAGGGGUGGCUACUGGGACUUUGAAGGCUGGUGCUUUCGAAGGGUCAGUUUUCACUCACUCUGAUGUCAAGCCUGGGAUGAUUGUGAGGGCCAAAGUAAUAGCUGUUGAACCCUAUCAAGCGAUUGUGAAAUUUUCUGGUGGUAUUAAGGCACUUUGCCCACUUCGCCAUAUGUCUGAAUUUGAACUUUCUAAGCCUGGAAAAAAGUUUAAGGUUGGAGCUGAGCUGGUGUUUCGUGUACUUGGUUGCAAAUCUAAGAGAAUAACUGUUACACACAAGAAAACACUAGUGAAAUCGAAACUUCCCAUUGUUAGCUCUUAUGCUGAUGCAACUGAUGGAUUAAUAACACAUGGAUGGAUAACAAAAAUUGAGAAACAUGGAUGCUUUGUUCGAUUUUACAGCGGUGUCCAGGGAUUUGCUCCAAGAUCUCAACUUGGUUUAGACCCAGGGAGUGAUCCUAGCUCAAUAUAUCACGUUGGACAAGUGGUCAAAUGUAGGAUAAUUGGUUCUGUUUCAGGAUCAAGACGCAUCAAUCUUAGUUUCAUAAUAAAGCCUUCAAGGGUUUCUGAGGAUGAUAUUAUCAAAAUCGGUACACUUGUUUCAGGAGUUGUUGACGUGGUAACUCCAAAUGCGGUAGUAGUUUAUGUUAAUGGAAAAACUUACUUAAAGGGUACAAUUUCAACUGAACAUUUGGCUGAUCACCAAGGGCAAGCCGAUAUGCUCAAGUCAGUACUAAAGCCUGGAUUUGAAUUUGAUCAAUUGCUGCUACUAGACAAUGAAAGCAACAAUUUGAAACUCUCUGCAAAAUAUUCUCUUGUCAAGUCUGCUGAGCAGCUUCCAUCAGAGAUCAGUCAGAUCCGUCCUAACUCUGUUGUCCAUGGCUACAUCUGUAACCUGAUUGAAACUGGCUGCUUUGUUCGCUUUCUUGGUCGUUUAACUGGUUUCUCUCCUAGAAAUAAGGCAACUGAUGAUUACAAAGUCAAUCUUCCCGAAGUCUUUUACAUUGGACAGUCUGUGCGCAGUAAUAUACUCGAUGUUAAUAGUGAAACAGGCAGAAUAACACUUUCAUUGAAGCAGACAUCUUGCUCUUCAACAGAUGCAUCCUUUAUGCAAGACUUCUUUCUCCUGGAGGAUAAGAUUGCUAAUCUGCAAUCCUUGGGUUCCAAUGGAUCUGAGUUAAAUUGGACUGAGGGAUUUAACAUUGGCUGUGUUGUUGUGGGAAAAAUACAAGAAACAAAGGAUAUUGGAGUGGUUGUGAGCUUUGACAAGUAUAAUGAUGUCUUGGGUUUUAUUACCCCCCAUCAGUUAGCUGGUACCAAAGUUGAGACAGGCUCCAUUGUUCAAGCGACAGUCCUAGAUGUUUCAAAAUUAGAGCAUUUGGUCGAUUUGUCUCUUAAUAAAGAGUUCAUUGCCAAAAGCAGAGAAGGAAGUUCUCACAGCCAAAGCCACAAAAAGAAGCGUAAACGACAAGCAUCCAAGGACUUGGAGGUUCACCAGACAGUUAAUGCUGUUGUUGAAAUUGCCAAAGAAGAUUACCUGGUUCUCUCAAUACCCGAGUAUAAUUAUGCCUUAGGAUAUGCAUCAAAAUCCGACUAUAAUGUCCAGAAGUUUCCUCAUAAGCAAUUUCUGAAUGGACAAAGUGUUGUUGCCACUGUUAUGGCUCUUCCAAGCCCUUCAACAGCAGGGAGACUACUGUUGCUUCUUAAAUCAAUCAGUGAAUCUGAAACAUCAAGCUCAAAAAGAGCAAAAAAGAAGUCAAGUUACACUGUGGGUUCUCUUGUUCAGGCAGAGAUUACUGAAAUCAGGCUACUUGAACUAAGGUUGAAAUUUGGAAUUGGUUUCUAUGGGCGUGUUCACAUAACAGAGGUAAAUGAUGAUAAUGUUUCAGAAAAUCCAUUUAGUAACUUUAGAGUUGGGCAAACAGUGAAUGCAAGGAUUGUUGGAAAGGCUAAUAAUUCUGAUAGCAAAAAAAAUAACUGCCAGUUUGAUCUUUCCAUGAAACCUACUGUUCUCUCAGGCUCCUAUGAAACAGAGGAAAAGCAUAUGAUUGAAAAGUUUGAUUUCUCUUGUGGACAAUUUGUCACUGGUUAUGUAUAUAAAGUGGACAGUGAAUGGGUGUGGGUAAAUAUAUCUCGAAAUGUGAGGGCUCAGCUAUUUAUUCUUGACACUUCAUGUGAGCCUAGUGAACUUCAUCAGUUCCAGAAGCAAUUUCAAGUGGGAAAAGUUGUAUCUGGUCAUGUAUUAAGUGUUAACAAGGAUAAAAAGCUAUUGCGACUUGUUCUACGCAGUUUUCUUGCUCUUCAAGCUUCCAUUUCAAAUGAAAAUGUCACUGCUCAUAUUUGUGAAGGAUGCAUUGUAGGUGGCAAAGUAUCCAAAAUACUUCCUGGGGUUGGUGGAUUAAUUGUGCAAAUAGGUCCUCACACAUAUGGAAGGGUUCAUUAUACAGAACUUACUGACUCAUGGGUGUCUGAUCCAUUGUCUGGAUAUCAUGAUAGGCAGUUUGUCAAAUGCAAGGUCCUUGAGAUUAACCAAUCUGCGAAAGGAACAUUUGAGAUUGAUUUGUCAUUAAACUUAUCGACAGAAGACAUGAUUUCCCAACAUUCUAAGGAAUCCUGCAAAAUUGUGUCCACUAAAACCAAAUGUGUGGCAAAGAUUGAAGAUCUUCAUCCUAAUAUGGAGAUACAGGGUUAUGUUAAAAAUGUUACUUCAAAAGGAUGUUUCAUUUUUCUAUCCCGGAAACUUGAUGCCAAAAUUCUUCUUUCAAAUUUAUCUGAUGGAUUUGUUGAUGAUCCUGUCAAAGAAUUCCCCGUUGGUAAACUUGUGACUGGCAAGAUUUUGUCUGUGGAACCUCUAUCAAAGCGGGUUGAAGUUACAUUGAAGACCUUGAGUGCAAGCAGUGCACCAAAAUCAGAGAUUAGUAAUUUAAGUAGUCUGCGCGUGGGAGAGAUUAUUUCUGGCAGGAUUAAGCGGGUGGAGUCGUAUGGUUUAUUUAUCUCUAUUGACAACACAAACCUGGUUGGAUUGUGCCAUAUUUCAGAGCUUUCAGAUGAUCGUACUGAGAAUAUUGAAAGCAAAUACAAAGCACGCGAGAAAGUGAGAGCAAAAAUAUUGAAGGUGGAUGCAGAAAGAAAUCGAAUAUCUCUUGGAAUGAAAGAUUUCUAUGUUUUAGACAAUGAUGAUGCUGAGGAACUUUCAGACCAAGAGGCUGAUGCAACCAUUCAAAACAAUAGUUUCAUAGAUGAUACUAAGUUGGUAUCAUUACCUGAGAGUGGUUUUCAAGGAAUCCACAAUAUGGAUGUUGAAUGCCAAAAUUUAAAUUUGGAAAUCCCCAUUCUUGCACAAGCAGAGUCCAGGGCUUCUGUUCCUCCACUUGAAGUAGCCCUCGAUGAUGUAUAUCAGGAAAAUGUGGAUGGUAUAACUAUUCAAAAUCAAGAGCUUUUAAAUGUCAUAGACACCCUAGAUGAAAAGAGCAAGAGAGAAGCAAAGAAGAAAGCAAAGAAAGAGAGGGAGAGAGAAAUUAGAGCUGCUGAAGAAAGAUUACUGGAGAAAGAUAUACCAAGAACUGCUGAGGAAUUUGAGAAACUAGUUAGAGGUUCUCCAAAUAGCAGCUUUGUUUGGAUAAAAUUCAUGGCCUUCGUGCUUUCCAUGGCAGACAUUGAGAAAGCUCGUUCUAUUGCUGAAAGGGCCUUGCAAACAAUAAAUAUCCGAGAAGAGAAUGAGAAGCUCAACAUUUGGGUGGCUUAUUUUAAUCUGGAAAACGAAUAUGGAAAUCCUCCUGAGGAGGCUGUUUUGAAAGUAUUUCAAAGGGCAUUGCAAUACAAUGAUCCCAAAAGAGUUCAUCUAGCACUAUUGGGAAUGUAUGAAAGGACGGAACAACAUAGGCUGGCUGAUGAACUAGUUGACAAGAUGACCAAAAAGUUCAAGCAGUCAUGCAAGGUUUGGUUAAAGCGGGUACAGAGGCUCUUGAACCAACAGCAAGAUGCAGUUCAGGCUGUUAUCAAUCGUGCCUUGUUAAGCCUUCCACGUCACAAACACAUAAAGUUCAUCUCGCAGACAGCUAUUCUUGAGUUCAAAUGUGGCGUUCCUCAUAUGGGAAGAUCCAUGUUUGAAGGAAUUUUGAAAGAAUAUCCCAAGAGAACGGACUUGUGGAGCAUUUAUAUUGAUCAAGAGAUUCGACUUGGAGAUGUAGAUGUGAUUCGUGCACUAUUUGAGAGGGCGACAUGUUUGAGUCUCCCACCUAAAAAAAUGAAAUUUUUAUUCAAAAAGUAUCUGGAGUAUGAGAAGUCUCUCGGUGAUGAGGAGCGGAUUGAGCACGUGAAAAAGAGGGCAAUGGAAUACGUUGAGAGCACACUAGCAGAAUAAUCAUGUUCAUGUUUAUUGAGGUAAAGUUAGUCUUUUCAAGCAUGGGGCACAGGGAGCAUAGAAUUUUCCCCUGGAAUACAAUUUUUCGUUUUUUUGAUGCUACACCACACCUGAGGAUUCUGGAAGAACCAUUUUGGAUUUUGCUGAGUAAAACUCCACGAAUAAAUGAUUGUUGGAGAUCUACUACUUUUAAGAAUCUUCAAUACAAAGUGAAGGAUGCAGAAAAAUCAUGAUUCCGAAUGAAGGUGUAAUUUUGGAUUUUGACCUGAUUAUAUACUGACGUUGGAAAUAAAUUUUGACACCUAAAUCUUAAUCUGUAAGACAUUUUUACCCUUGAGAAUUAUCAGGAACGUAUGGGUAUUUAUUUCUUGUAACGUAUUAUCUAUUGUUCUACUUCUGUAUUUGUACAGAUAGAAAGGUUCAUUCUUUAUCAAACUAAACUUCUUUUGUUGUGGAAAUAAACUCAUGUUUCGUGUUAAAA